AUGGGACAACGAGAGAGAGUCGAGUACCAUUUCUACUGUCCGCCGGGAGUGCAGUGCGUCCUAGCCUGUGGAAGCAGCGCCUUCAUCGGAGAGGUGGAUGAUUCCACUAUCCUGAAGUAUCCACUGGAGCCAGGAGGUGAUUUGACACGCCUCGAUCUUGAACACCAAAUUCUCACCGUAGUUGGCCGACAUCCUCACAUUAUCGGCCACAAAGGGUUCACGGAGAUCGGCCUGUACCUUGAGCGUGCAGUCAAUGGGACAAUCUUCAAAUAUCUAACCGCAUCGGAUUUUCCCGCUCCGUCCCUUCAACAAAGGUUGGCAUGGUGCCGAGAACUCUCCGAGGCAGUCGAACAUGUACACUCAAAAAGGGUGAUCCAUUGUGAUAUACAACCCACAAACGUCUUGGUUGACCAAAAUGCCCAUCUCAAGCUAGCCGAUUUUCAAGGGCGCCAUCUCUCCGAAGACGGCAACAUCCUACUGGAUGGAUGGGUUAGCGAGCCGUGUCGAUAUUUCUGUCCGCGAUACGAUGAAUUCGCGGCUAACUUCAAGACGGAUAUCUUUGCACUUGGGUGUACUAUUUACUUCAUCAUGACGGGACAAGAGGUUUUUUCAGAUAUCGUCAGUGGAGAGGCUGGGUGGGAUGACGAGGUUAAGUCUCGGUUUGCAAGAGGUGAUUUCCCGCGUGAUUCUUCUGCUUGUGCUGCUAUUACUCAUAAAUGUUGGAUGCAACUGUACAACUCUGCAGGAGAGGUCCUCAAUGAUAUCAAAGCUGUCGAGCAGGGUUUAGAGCAAGGUUUUAGCCAGCGAACUUGA